AUGAAUGCUUUUGGACUUUAAAAUAAUAGGUUUCAUUAAAAAGCUUGUGUAAAGCGUAACAAAAGAAGUGAUGAAAAAUAAAAUUUUUUAAACCCAGAGAAAUAGAUAGACAAUUUUACUGCGAAAAAAAACUCUUAUUAUGCUUCAGAAGUCAAUUCUUCAUACUCAAAUCUAAUAAAUGAUUAUGAUAAUAGUAACACUAUUUCAAUUCCAAAAUCUAUUAAAGUCGAUUUAAUAAUUAGGUUAAAUGAGAAAUAUUCAAAGAAGUCUUAUCAAUGA